CAAAGAUGAUAAAGUAUGGUUGUUUUCAUCCUACUACAGGCGCGUGCCCUGACACCUCAGGUGGCAGAAACAGACGCUAUCCGCUUCCUGGUUGGUACCCAGUCCCUUAAGUUCGAAAACCAGAUUCACCAGAUAGACUUUGAUGAUGAAAAUAACAUCCUGAACAAGAAUGUGUUCCUGCACCAGCCUGGGGAGGUGUGGCAUGUCAGUGCCAGCCCUGCAGACAAGGCAGUACUCACAACUGUGUACAAUAAGACUUCAGAACAGAAGGCUGAGAUGUGCGGUGCAGUAUGGAGAAUCCCCUCUGAGUUUGAUGCUUCAGCCAAUGACGCGCAGGAUGACACGUCUGCCUCUGCACAGGCACUGGAGCUGCUCUGUCACCUUGACGAUGGUAACCAUAGUAACAUGGUGAGCACUGUAUGGGAGCCCUCUGGUGAUGGUAAGAAGCUGAUCUCACUCACAGAGAACAACAUCCUGAUGUGGGACCUGGAUGUCAGCAGUUCUCAGGCUAAGUUGUCUAGCUCAGCCACACUGGAGGGCAAGGGUAACCCUAAGUUCACAGCCGGCAGGUGGAACCCUCACCAUAACUGCACACAGAUGGCCACUGCUAACGACACCACCAUCAGGGGCUGGGACGUCAGGACCAUGCAGCAGGUGUACUGUAUUGAUAAUGCCCAUGGUCAACUGGUCAGAGAGCUGGACUUCAACCCCAACAAGCAGUACUACCUGGUCAGCUGUGGGGACGACUGCAACGUCAAAUUCUGGGACGUCAGAAACUGCACUGAGCCUGUUUUAACUGUGUCUGAACAUUCCCACUGGGUGUGGAGUGUCCGGUACAACCACUUCCAUGAUCAAUUGGUCCUAACGUCCAGCAGUGACAGUAGGGUCAUCUUACACAACAUGGUGUCCAUCUCCUCAGAACCGUUCGGCCAUCUCAUCGAUGAAGAUGAUGAUAGUGAGGAAGAUGAAGAAAACAAGAAAGAAAAACCCAGAGAGCCUGAGAAGGAUGGUGUGAUUGGCACAUAUGAGGAGCAUGAAGACAGUGUGUACGCUGCAGAGUGGUCCACAGCUGACCCGUGGCUGUUCGCCUCCCUUAGUUAUGAUGGUCGUCUGGUUAUAAACAGAGUUCCAAAAGCUGUGAAAUAAUAAAAUCCUCUUAUAGCUGUUACUAUUCAUAAAACAUGCAUGUCAUAAAAAAAUGGUGUAUACAUGUAAUUGGAAAGCUUUAGGUAUCACUUACUUUGAAUUUACAGUCAACAAGAUUAAGACCUCUUUUAAUGUAUAGGGCACAUUGUUAUAACAUUCCUGAAUCAUGUGUCAUAUUGAUCUAGUCCUUGAUAAGGUAAAAACAAACUCAGUGAAUACAUGAAAUACAAUUGAAUGUUCAUUAUGUUAUGUGCUUAGAGUAUUUUUCUUGUUAACAAAAAGUCAGAAGACUUUGUUAUUUCACACAUACAUAUAAUUAAGUGUCAUUUGAAAGGAUAAGGUAAUUUAGGGAUGUUGAAUGAAUACAAUGAAAUUAAAGGGAAGAAAGUCAAA